AUGGAUCAAUCUUCAUCCAAUGUACCACCAUCGCAAUCACAAUCACAAUCAACACCAUCUGGAUCGGUUCCAUCACCGGCUAUACAAAAUCAAAGUCUAGGUGGUAAAAGUGGACAUUCUACACCAACACCAGAAGCUGAAUUAAACCCACAAAAAGUCAAGAUAUUAUUACAAAAAUUAAAGGAAGAAAUGUAUUUAGCUAAAACUGCUGAUAAAGAUGAUGAAAAGAGAAAACAUUUGGAAACUGCUGAAAAGAUUAAAAGAAUAUUGGUGAAAUAUCAACAACAGCAACAACAGCAACAACAGCAACAACAGCAACAACAGCAACAACAGCAACAACAGCAACAACAGCAACAAGCAAAGGCAAAUAAUAGUAAUACAAAUAGUGGAGAUGAUAAAACUCCUACUCCUAUUCAACAACAACAGCAAAAACAACAAUCUGGAGAAGUCCAAAGUUCUAGUCAAAUACAACAAUCUAGUCAAACAUCAGUUACAAAUCUGCCACAACCUUUAGUUAGUCAAUCACAAACUCCAAGUCAACCUCUGCCUCCUGUUCAAGUUCAAUCACAACCUCAACUGCAAUCAUCUAGUCAACCGCAAUCAAAAGUUCCUUCUGUGAGUUCACCAUCACCAGUCACAUCUACAACAGAAAAGAAGACUUCACCAACUCCUUCUUCGAUUCAAUCACCUACUCCACAAAGACCAACUGUUCGUCCACAACAACAAGUUACACUUGAGAAAUAUAAUAAUGUGAGAAAUACAUUAAAAGCACUUCUUGAAAAAAUUAAAACAUUGGAAAGUUCAAAAAAUACUACUCCGGAAAAGAAGGAAGAAAUCGAUAAACAACUUGGUGAAAUUCGUAGUCAAAUGCAAAAAUAUCAUACUGCUGCUUUACAUAUGAGAAAUAUUUUAAUUGAUCAAGGUAGAUUAUCUGCAAAUUCUACUCCAGUUAAUGGUUCAACGAGUACAUCUACUCCAAAUAUUGAUAAAUCAAAUUUAAUUAAAGCUGAAGAAAUCAAACCAAAUACUAAACCUCAAACAGUUCUGGUUACAACUUCAAAGGCAAAACAAAAAUCUCAAUCUACAAGUAAUAUUCCAUUAAGUUCAGCAUCUAAAUCAACAGCAACAGCUACUACUACAACUACUACUCCGGCAACACCUACUGGUACUACCACACCUACUUCAACCACAACAAAAUCAGCAAGUACAAGUAAAUCGAAUCGUCCAGGGUUGGCUCAAACUCCAACCUCUGCCUCAACUACAGCAACGACACCAGCAGCAGCAACAACUGCCACUACCGCUACCACUACCACUACCGCUACCACUACCACUACAACCACUACUACAGCAACUACUUCUAAUAAACAACAACUGCAACAACCAGCAGUUGAUCCAAAAGUCACACCAAGUAAUAUUCCAGAUAACGAUGGAAGAGUAUUAACCAAGAGGAAAUUGACUGAAAUGAUUAAUAAUAUAUCUGUUGAUCAAGGAGACGUUAAAAUUCCAAUUGAUAAUGAUGUUGAAGAUCUUUUCUUGGAUUUAGCUGAUGAUUUUGUUCGUAAUAUUGUUGAAUUUAGUGGAAGAUUGGCUAAACAUAGAAAAUUAGAUAGGAUUGAUAUUAGAGAUGUACAAUUGAAUUUAGAAAGAAAUUGGGGUUUAAGAAUUCCUGGAUAUGCAACUGAUGAAAUUAAAGCUGCUAGAAAAUGGCAAGCUAAUCCAGAAUAUACUGAAAAAUUGAAUGCAAUUUCAAAAUCAAAUAAAAAGGAAUAG